UUAAAAGACUAGCGAUUUCAGGUUUUUGUGUUCUUGAUUUUUAAGACCUUUAAUCACGUUGAGGAAGCCGUUUGGGCUACGGAACAGUGCAARAAAUCUGGUCUUCCAGUGGCAAUGUGUGUUUCGAUAUCUGAAAUUGGGGAUCUUGAUGGCGUAUUACCAGAUGAAUGCGCUGUACGAGUGGCCAAAGCAGGUGCUGAUAUAGUCGGUAUCAAUUGUUUCUAUGGUCCACAUCGUUCGGUAAAAAUUCUACGUAUGAUGAAAGAAGGUCUGGAAAAGGCUGGAAUCAAAAAGCAUCUCAUGAUUCAGCCGAUAGGAUACUUAACACCAGAAGUUAAAGGAGGAUUUCCAUGGUCUCCCGAGUUUCCUUUAGGUAUUUCAACGACUGGCAAAUUCAAGCUGAACAACUCUUGUAUCAUAAUUUAAAUUUUACAUUUUUCUAAUUUGUUUGGCCAUGGAUCAG